UGUCAUGUCUUGGCGCUAACAUCAUAUGAAGCCGUCCACGAUGCGACCUCCUGCUCUUUGAAGACCCCAGCGUCGAGAACCAUCCCUCUUGUUUGCCUUUGCGCCCACAAGCGCUGCCUGCGCUUCUUCUUUUACCUUCACAAAUCCCACUCGCUUCGGCGACACUCAGCACCAGCACCUCGCCUCCACGUAUUGCUCAUAUCGUUAGAAAGUAGCAGUAAUCAUGGGUGUUCCCAAAUUCUUCAGAUGGAUGUCCGAGCGGUACCCGGGCAUCUCUCAGCUCAUUGCUGAGAACCGCAUCCCCGAGUUCGACUGUCUCUACCUCGACAUGAACGGCAUCAUCCACAACUGCACGCACAACGACUCCGACGGCCCGACAGUACGCAUGACCGAGGACAAGAUGUUCAUCGCCAUCUUCAACUACAUCGAGCAUCUGUUCGGCAAGAUCAAGCCCAAGCAGCUCUUCUUCAUGGCCAUCGAUGGUGUCGCCCCGCGCGCCAAGAUGAACCAGCAGCGUGCUCGUCGCUUUCGAACUGCUCUCGACGCUGAAAAGGCUCGAGACAAGGCUAUCAAGGAGGGUGUCGAGAUGCCCAAGGAGGCGCCUUUCGACAGCAACUGCAUCACCCCCGGUACCGAGUUCAUGGCGAAGCUCACCCAACAGCUGAAGUACUUCGUCAACAAGAAGGUCUCCGAGGAUCUGGACUGGCAGGGCGUGGAAGUCGUGCUGUCUGGCCAUGAGGUUCCCGGAGAGGGCGAGCACAAGAUCAUGGAGUACAUCCGCCAGGCGAAAGCCCAGCCGGAUUACGACCCCAACCGUCGUCACUGCUUGUACGGUCUCGACGCCGAUCUCAUCAUGCUGGGUCUGCUGAGCCAUGACCCUCAUUUCUGUCUCUUGCGCGAAGAGGUGACUUUUGGCCGCCAGAGCAAGGCCAAAUCCAAGGAGUUGGAGCAUCAAAACUUCUUCCUGAUGCAUCUCUGCAUUGUUCGAGAAUACUUGGGACUCGAGUUUCAAGAACUAGAUGAGCCUGGUGCUCUCGGCUUCCCAUUCGACAUGGAGCGUGUCAUUGACGAUUUCAUUCUUAUGGCUUUCUUUGUUGGUAACGAUUUCCUUCCUAAUCUUCCCCACUUGCAUAUCAACGAGGGCGCUUUGGCCCUCAUGUUCAACGUCUACAAGACCGUCCUUCCCAAGGCCAAGGGCUACAUCAACGAGGGGGGUGUAAUCAACAUGGAGCGAUUGGCGCUCCUGCUCGACGAGCUCUCCAACAUCGAGAACCGUCACUUCGAGUCCGAGAACGCAGAUGCAGCCUGGUUCAAGGGUAAGCGCCUGGGGCGUGAGGACAUCAUGCAGAAGACCGCGCGACGAGGCACGGUCGUCAUGUCCACCCAACAGAAGGAGCUGUUCAGCAAGGUGAAGAGCUGGGUUGGAAACCACCUACAGAAGGUCGAGCAACCGCCUCUCGAUCUUCCGGUAGAACUGAAGGCCGAAGACCGGAAGUUCGUCCAGGAGCUUGCGGACAAGCUCCAUCUGCCGUGGAAGUCGGUAACAGACGAUGAUGGUAACCGCCACCUGCAGAUCUCGGCCCCACCAAAGUUGGUCGAGAGCGACGAAGAAGACGAGGACGACGUCGCGAACGAAGAGUCCACUAAGGCUAUAGUACGAGUUGUGCAGAAGUACGACCAAGCUAAGAUCGUCGACAUCUCACCCGAGGAGGCGGAGUCAGCCAUGCAGGCCAAGUACGACGAGAAGUUUGAGGCCUGGAAGAACGAUUACUACAAGAGCAAGUUCGAGUGGGACCGCAGCAACGAAGAGGAGCUUCGCAAAUUGACCGAAAACUACGUACAGGGACUGCAAUGGGUCCUUUACUACUACUACCGUGGAGUCGCUUCUUGGCCAUGGUACUAUGGCUACCACUACUCGCCCAUGAUCUCCGACGUCAAGCGAGGUCUGAAGGCCGACAUCAACUUCAAGCUCGGCCAGCCAUUCAAGCCAUACCAGCAAUUGAUGGGUGUGUUGCCGGACCGCAGUAAAUCCAUCGUACCGGAGGCGUAUCAUCCCCUCAUGACCAGCGCGGAUUCUCCCAUCAUUGACUUCUACCCCCGCGAUUUCAAUCUUGACAUGAACGGAAAGAAGCAGGACUGGGAGGCUGUCGUCAAGAUUCCUUUCAUCGAGGAAGACAGACUGCUCAAGGCCAUGGCGACCAAGGAGCACCUGCUUACGCCUGACGAAGCGUCUCGCAACUCUUACGGCGUUUCGCUGAAGUUUACCUACGCCAAGAACGUUGACUUCGUUUACCCAUCCUCACUCCCGGGUAUCUUCCCGGACCUGCCAAACUGCAAGUGUAUCGAGAACAUCUACGAUCUUCCUACAAUGGAUGGGCUUGAGUACUACGUGGGCUUGAUGGACGGUGUCAAGCUGGGCGCAUCAGCUUUGGCCGGCUUCCCCAGUCUGAGGACCCUGCCGUUCCACGGUGCUCUUGAAUUUGCAGGCGUCAACGUCUUCUCGCAAGACAGCCGCAACGAGAGCAUGGUUGUCACCCUUGUUGACACCGAGCCAAGGACUUCUAUUGCUUACGCUCAGAAGAUGCUCGGUAAGGCGGUCCACGUUGGCUACCCGUUCCUGCACGAGGCGAAGGUAGUCAAGGUAUCCGACGAGCUUUUCGACUACUUUCCAUCCCAGGAUGGCGUUUCUGCUCCCAUGGCGCUUGAGCAUGGGCCGACGGAGAUCUCCAACUGGAAGAAGAUGGCGAACCGAAUCCAGGAUGCCUACGGCAAACGUCUUGGUAUCAUCAUCGGUGAAGUCGAAGCUCUUGUGCACGUAGAAAUGCUCAAGGGCCUCAAGAAGACCGACGAGGGAGCCACCAUCAAGGAGUACGGCCCUGUGUCCGGUCUUCAGGCUGACUACGCUGUCCAGGCCAUCGUCGAGGAGGUCAUCAGCCCUGAUCAGCGUUUCAUCGAGAAGGCUGCUCUACCUAUCGAGGAAGAGUUCCCCGAGAACUCUCGCGCCUUCUAUCUUGGCGAUUAUGCCUACGGUCGUCCUCUACAGGUCAUUGGCCACGCAGACCACAAGGCCACUAUCAUGGUCGCCAGGCUGAAGAAGGCAGAGCCCGACUUCGGUCACCAGAUUGUUGCGCAAGCCGAAAGGUCGACGCCAUAUCUGCCAUCGUACGUUGUGGCUAGGCAGCUGAACAUGCCGCCUCUUGCUUUGUCGAAGUUGACGUCUUCAUUCAACGUCAAUUCCAGUGGUCUUAAGCUGAACCUGGGACUGAACCUGAAAUUCGAGGCGAAGAAGUUGAAGGUGUUGGGAUAUUCGCGUAAGUCAGCCAACGGGUGGGAAUACAGCCAAAGGGCCGUCGCACUGCUUGCCCAGUACAUGAUCAAGUUCCCUGAGUUCUUUGCUGGCAUCAUCAACAACCCGACAGGAGACGGAUGGGAGGAUACCGAUUUCUACCCUCCCGAGAUCGCCAAGCAGAAGGUCAAGGAGAUUGGAGCUUGGCUCAAGGAAGUGCAGACCAAGAGCUUUGAGAAGGUGCCACUUGAUGCGGAGCAGCUCGAUUCGGAGACCGUCAAGAUGAUCGAGCAAGCCGCCGAUGCCAACCUUGCGUUGCUGCAGGACGCGGAGAUGAAGAAGAUUGGCAAAGUACCACGUAGCGCCAUCUUGAAGCCCUCCGACGCGGAGCAACGUCUUGGCCACCAGCAAUUCACCAUUGGCGAUCGUGUCAUCUACGUACAGGAUUCCGGACGAGUCCCAAUCGGAUCAUCGGGAACCAUUGUUGGCAAGACCAGGACCGCACGCAGCCUGUUGUUGGAUGUAGUCUUCGACGCGACCUUCAUGAGCGGAACCUCUCUCAACGACCGCUGCUCCCCCUUCCGAGGAUCCACCGUCCCCUCCACCUCCGUCCUCAACCUUUCUGACAAGCAAGUCGUCUCUUACUCGACCGCCGGCGCCGCUGCUGCCGCCGCCAAGCGCACAAACCAAAACUCAGGCUACACCACACCGCGCCUCGGCGCUCCCGGCGGUCCCCAACUCGUCCCCGCAUCCACCCCCGCGCCCCUCCAGGGCUCCUACCGCGGAGCCUUUGGCGGCGCCCGCGGCGGCCGUGGCGGCGGAAUGGCACCCCGCGUCGGCGCGCCCUCCAAUGGCGCCCCCCAGCACCCCCAAACCAUGCCCAUCCACGGCGGCCCACCGCGCGGCGGACGCGGCGGCUUCGCUCCACGCGGCGGCCAAGCCAACGGCCACGCCAACGGCCACGCCGACCAGCCCAACGGCAACAGCAACGGCAACGGCGCCCCGCGCGGCCGUGGGCGCGGCGGCUUCGCCAAACCGGGCCGCGGCGGCUUCACCAGCGUCGACAACACCGAUCCGGCCGAGGGCAUCGUGCAGACGAACCCCAAUUUCCGCCCGCAGAACUAUUCCAAUGUGCCGCCGCCGGCGGGGUUGGAUGGCGGGCGCGGCAGGGGCCGUGGACGCGGCCGCGGCGGGUUUAGGGGCAGGGGUGCGCCGAGGGGAGGCGCGCCGGCUCCGGCUGCGCAGUAGAGUGGGGUUGUAGGUUUGCAGGUGAUAUGUGGAGCUUAGAACAGUGAAAUGGAAGGGAUGAACCAGAUGCUUGGGUUUGCGGUGAUGUGGUUGUUUGAUGUUGAGUGGGGAUGGAGUGCGCAUGCAGACAUGCUCACGAUAUGAGACUGUAUGGUGCAUCGGAGCGUAA